AAGGACAACAGGACCUCAUCCAGAAUCUAAUCCAGCUUUAAACUAUGUUGAAUGAUUUUAUGGAUAAUGCAAUGGCUACUCAAUUCAAGAUGAUUGUGGAUUUAUGACUAACAGGUUUGUCACAGGUGAAGAACAAAGAAGAUUGGAUUUCCAUAGUAUGUUCUAGCAAAUCAGCAACCUACGUGCUGCUAUGGCUCAAAUGUUAUGGACCUGUUUCAGUUCUCAUCAAGCUUCUGAUGCAAGAUCUCCUGAUUCUCCUUAGUACCUGAUUAAGUUCCAGUGCAGGAUAUUAUAUUACCAUGGUUUGGGGUGACACACCCAAUUUAAAAGAUAAUUACAGUUCAUUGUGCUCCUCAGUCAUGGAAGAACUGAAAAUGGAUCUUGAUUCUGUACAGAAAGAAGAUGGUGUAAAACAUAACAGCCCUUCUGAUGAUUCUACAAUCUUUGUAGCUUUUAAGGGAAAUAUAGAUGACGAUGACUUCAAGCAGAAAUUGGGAGUCAUUUUGGAUAAUGUUCCUGGCCUUUUACACAUGGAAUCUAACAAGUUAAAAUUGAAGAAAGUGGAACCCUGGAACAGUGUACGUGUUACUUUCAAUAUUCCUCGUGAAGCAGCUGAGAGGCUACGAAUGCUAGCUCAGAACAACAACCAACAACUUCGUGACUUGGGAAUUCUGUCUGUCCAAAUUGAAGGUGAAGGUGCCAUCAAUUUAUCAUUAGCUCAAAACAGGGGUCAAGAUUUAAGGAUUAAUGGGCCUGUUGGACAAGGCAACUCAGUACGAAUGGAGACAGGAUUUCCUAUGCCAGGAAGUCAAGGUUUAAUUCGAAUAAAUAAUCCUGCAUCUGUGAUGAUGCAACAGAGUGGGAGUGUAUCAUCCUCUAUGAUGACAAAUACGGUUAACACAGAACUGCAACCCAGAACACCUCAUCCGGGAUCUCAGUCAGACACAGUGGAUCCACUUUUAUCAAGCCUCACUAUUCAACAGCAGAAUCAUCCAUCUGGAUCUGUGGUGCCUCAGCUCCAUUCAGUACAAUCAAUUCCUGUUAAUAGGCAAAUAAAUCCUGGCAACUUUCAGCAGAUGCAACCUCAGCAGCAGAUUCAGCCACAGCAACAACUGCAUCCACGCCCUCCUCAACAGCACCAACAGCAGCAACAGGCCAUUCGACCUUCAUUUACAACCCCAGCUCAAGUUCCAGUUCCUCCUCCUGGUUGGAACCAGGUGCCUUCUGGAACAGCUCAACUUCCUCCAUCCCAAGGAACAAUGAGUACAUUGACAGUUAACCAGGGUUGGAAAAAGACCCCUUUGCCUGGACAAAUGCAGCAGCAAAUCCAAACCAGACCCUCAUUAGCAACAGUACAAACACCCUCUCACCCUCCACCCCCAUAUCCCUUUGGAAGCCAACAAGCUUCUCAAGCACACACAAACUUUUCUCAGAUGAGCAACUCUGGCCAAUUUACUGCUCCUCAAAUGAAGAGUCUUCAGGGAGGACCCUCACGGGUUCCUACUCCACUACAACAAUCCCACCUGUCCAGCAAGUCUCCUGCCUCCUCUCCCUCAUCUUUUCAGCAGGGUUCUCCUGCAUCUUCCCCAACAGUUAAUCAAGCACAGCAGCAGAUGGGACCAAGGCCUCCCCAAACGAAUACCCUCCCCCAGGGAUUCCAACAGUCUGUAAAUUCUCCUGGUCGUAACCCUAUGGUACAGCAGGGAAAUGUACCUUCUAAUUUCAUGGUGAUGCAGCAGCAAAACCAGGGUCCACAAGGUUUGCAUCCUGGGCUAGGAGGAAUGCCCAAGCGUCUUCCAACUGGCUUUACUACAGGGCAAGCAAAUCAAAAUUUCAUGCAAAGUCAGGUGCCUUCCACAGCAUCAGGCACACCUGCAAAUGGUGGCACAACCCAAUUGCAAGCAAAUCAAAGUGUGCAGCAUACAGGUGGUCAAGGAAAUGGUCCUCCUCAGAAUCAGUUACAAGUUCAACAUGGCCCAUCAAACAUGAUGCAGACCAAUUUAAUGGGACUUCAUGGGAAUGUAAGCAAUCAACAGACAAACACCAAUGGAGUUCCACAAGUUAAUAUAAGCAACAUGCAGGGACAGCCUCCACAAGGACCACAAUCUCAGUUAAUGGGGAUGCACCAACAAAUAGUAUCCUCUCAAGGACAGAUGGUUAACAUACAGCCUCAGGGGUCUCUAAAUCCUCAAAACCAGAUGAUACUUUCUAGAGCUCAACUCAUGCCACAAGGCCAGAUGAUGGUAGCUUCCCAAAACCAAAAUCUGGGUCCAUCACAGCAAAAGAUGACUCCACCCAAACCAAUGGUUCCCCAGCAAGGCCAACAAAUGAUGGCUGCACAUAAUCAGAUUAUGGGACCUCAAGGCCAGGUGCUGCUGCAGCAAAAUUCAAUGAUGGAGCAGAUGAUGACCAAUCAAAUGCAAGGAAAUAAACAGCCCUUCAAUGCUCAAAGCCAGUCUAAUGUUGUGACGGGGCCAGCUCAAAUAAUGAGAGGACCAACUCCCAAUAUGCAGGGAAACAUGGUGCAGUUCACAGGGCAGAUGAUGGCUCAACAGGGCACUGUAAAUAGUAAUCCUUCUCAGGUAAUGGGGAUUCAGGGACAAGUUUUGAGACCUACAGGACCUGCCCCUCAUAUGUCUCAACAGCUGGGUGAUCCCACCACUACAACCAACAAUGAUGUGAACUUGACACAAAUGCUACCUGACGUUUCUAUGCAACAAGGAAACAUAGUACCUCCUCACUUGCAAGGGAUGCAGGGAAACAACAACACAUCAGGAAGCCAAUUUGCUGGACAUUCAAUGCCUUUCAGUGCCCCUUUUAGUGGAACCCAAAAUGGGAAUCAGAUUACCUGUGGACAAAAUCCAGGUUUUCCUGUCAACAAAGAUGUCACGCUAACAAGCCCAUUGUUGGUAAACCUGCUACAGAGUGAUAUAUCUGCAGGACAUUUUGGUGUGAACAGCAAACAGAACAAUCAAAAUGCCAAUAAGCCGAAGAAGAAAAAGCCUCCAAGAAAGAAGAAAAAUAAUCAGCAAGCAGAACAAAUUAAUGCUUCAGAAUCACGUCCAGCUGGCCUUGAAGAAGCAGAGCAGCCAUCAUUACCAGGAGAGCAAGGUAUAAAUUUGGAUAACAGUGGACAUAAGCUUUCGGACUUCACAAACAGGCCUGCAGGCUACCCAUCUCAGCCAAUUGAACAAAGAUCACUUCAGCAAAUACCUCCUCAGCUUUUGCAGCACGGGCAGCAGCAGCAACAGCAACAACAGCAGGCACCACCCACAUCUCAACAGACACAGUCUCAGCAGCAGCAACAACAGAUGAUGAUGAUGCUCAUGAUGCAACAAGACCCUAAAUCAGCCAGGCUUCCUGUUUCCCAAAGUGUCCAUCAGCCUAGGGGCUCUCUGAAUGUAGAUGCACAAAGAAUGGCAAUGCAGCAAGGGGGCAACAUGCCAGUUAUGGUUAGUCUGCAAGGUCCUGGUAUAGUGCCUCCAUCUCCUGAUAAGCAAAGAAUUCCAAUGUCAAACAAUCCAACCCUAGUGAACAAUACACGGAAGAUGGUUUACACAGAUAAUACACAGAAUCCUACCAGCUCUCCACUGGGAGACAUUUCAUCAGUUUCUUCUGUUUCUGAAGGAAAUGGACCUGAAGCCCCAUCAGCCUCAGGACCUCAAAACACUAUAGCAUCCCAUUUAAUAGUUUCACAGAACCAGCUAGUGAUGGCAGGGCCAAAACCUGGACCUUCUCAGAUGUCAACUCCCCAAGGAACAAGUCCUCAACAGCAGUCUAAUUCUCUUCCAGGCUCACAUCCUCAUCAUUUUCAAAACAUUGCUACCACAUCACAAACAUCAAGACCUAAAACACCAAACAGGGCAAGCCCAAGGCCAUACUAUCCUCAGACUCCCAAUAAUCGUCCACCAAGUACAGAACCAUCAGAAAUAAGUUUAUCUCCAGAGAGGCUCAAUGCUUCUAUUGCUGGUCUCUUUCCUCCUCAGAUUAAUAUUCCUUUGCCUCCUAGACCUAAUCUUAACAGAGGAUUUGAUCAACAGGGUCUUAAUCCAACCACUUUGAAGGCCAUUGGCCAAGCACCCUCAAAUCUCACAAUGAACAGCCAAUCCAGUUUUAUUUCCCCGCAGACCCACAAGUUGGAUCCAAUGGCUAUCAAUCCAGGAAAACAAACCAAUGUAGGUGGGGCAAAACGAGCCAGUCCAAGUAACAGUAGAAGAUCUAGUCCUGGAUCCAGCAGGAAAACUACACCAAGCCCUGGAAGGCAAAACUCAAAAGCAGCUAAAUUAGCUUUGACUUCUCAGCAGAAUCCCACACAUAUGCACAACAUGGACUUACAGAGAAAUAUGAUGGUUGGUCCACCUUCUUUGCAAACAACUAUGCCUGGAAAUUUUCAAAAUAAUGGUAUGUUAACUACUCAGAACCCUGCAAUUCCCUUAUCAGUUAUGACUGGUAUUUCAGAAGAUAACAAAGAAAGCUUCAGUGUCCCUCAAGACAGUGUAUGCCAAAAUAUGCAGGUUGUCCCAGUGAGCAAAGAUCAGCACAACAUUGAACUGAAAGGAGUUCCCAGUCAAGAAAUCAAAAUAUUGGUACGUGAAGAGCAACAAAAAAGAGAGAUGUCUCUCACAGAAUCUUCUAAACUUCCCAGUCUAGAAGAAAAUAACACUAUUAUAUCUCCAGCUAUGCGUGAAGCACCAACAUCCUUAAGUCAACUUCUUGACAAUUCUGGAGCCCCUAAUGUUACUAUCAAGCCUUCUGGACUCCCUGGCCUUGAGGUGCCUCCAACAGUAACUUGUGCGGAUGAAUUUAAAAAGGUGUCUGGCAUUCCCCCUCCCCUACAGGAUUCCUCUUCUAAUAAAGACUCUAUUUGUUCCCUAAAUUUACCUGCAAAUACAGAAGCUUGUUCAACACAAGUACAGCAAGAGCUGGGAGACAUAAAUUCAAGUGUUUCACAAAAUAUGUCACCAGUGAUACAGAGACCUAUCAGUUCUACUUCUCUCUCUACAUCACUCCCACCCAAUCAGAUAACAGUAUUUGUAACUUCCAAUCCCAUUACAUCAUCAUCUAAUACUUCAGCAUCAUUGCCCUCUCAUAUGCAGCCCACAAUAAUGCCUACUGUUGUCACCAUGCCUAAUGUUGGUAAUAAAGUUCUUACUUCUGAAGAACAGACAGCAGUUCAAUCUAAUGCUCGACCUCAGUUCAUUACUCCAGUUUUUAUAAAUUCAUCCUCAAUAAUUCAGGUUAUGAAAGGAUCUCAAGCAAGUACAAUUCCUACAACCCCAAUGACUUCUAAUUCUAGUUUAAUAUCACAGCCUGUUGCAGUUGUUGGUCCUUUACAUUUGUCCCAGAAUAUAAAGUUUUCAUCAGGGCCUUCUCCACCUAGCUCUUCAACUAAUACUCCCGUCUCAAGUAUGUCAGCAAACCGACCAUUGGUUAUUAAUUCACUAACAUCUCCUAUUCAGCUUCCGUCUCCAUCAACUACUUCAAUCAUUUCUUCACAUCCUUCCAGUCACCUAAAUAAAGAUUUUAGCUUAGAGGAGAUAAAUUCUCAAACUUGUGCCUCUGUUGAUCCAUGCACAGAAACAGCCUCACAGUCUGGUGCUGCUGUUUCUCCAUCUCAUGCGCAUAGCCCUGGGUCUUCCAUCAACAGGCGAAGUCCAGUUUCAAAUACUAAGGGGAAGGGCAAGGUGGACAGAAUUGGUCAGUUUUUGCUGACAAAAGCGUGCAAGAAAGUCACAGAUGUUUUUGAUAAUGGGGAAGAGCAAUACGCUGUGGAGGGAGAAAUGGAAUGCCAGGAACGAGGUGUUUCAAUUCCUAACAGCAUGGAGAUAGAACAGUCUGUAGAAAUAGAAGACAAUAUUGUGGCACCUCCACCCCCCACUCUUUUGAAACAGAGCACUUGUGGAACUAGUAAUUCAAAUGUAAGUGAUACUGCUGCUAUUCCUGCAUCUGUAUCACUAAGCUUACCAGGUGGCACUCCCUCCACUACUGUACUCUCAGUAGUAACCGCUCCAGUGAUGUCUGAAAUCUUAACUUCAAUUCAGAAUGCUAAUGGUAACCCUGGUAGUGUAUCAGAUGAGCAGAUUGGGAUUGUAUCCGAAGAUGAAAAAGUGGAAACCCGCCAUGAAUUACCACAUAAUAUGGCAUCUUCAUGUCAGGCUCUAAAUGCAACACCAGAGAAUACUAUUCAAAGAACAGAUCUGGAAGCGAAUCCUGCAAUUAUCACUGGCCUUUCUAAUGAGCCAAAGGAGAAUUGUGAAAAAUCUAAAACUCCAAGCAGAAGAAAUUCAAGAACAGAGGAAUCUGCAGUAAUACAGGAGACAAUGGAGAAUGGUCAGCGCAAGAGGUCAUCGAGACCAGCGUCAGCAUCCAGCACUACAAAAGAAACAACUGCGGGUGCUAUGCAGUCAAAAAGAAGAAAAUCCAAAUGAAUUACUGAGUGGAUUUGCAAGAUGUAUAAAUGUGUGAAUUUUACUUAGCAAUUCAAGUUCUGAUUUCUUGCUGAAUUUUAAUAGAACUACAAUUCUGUACAGAAAUUAAUUUUAUUAUAUGUUUCCAAUAAAUGCAAACUUUUUUCCCCUCUAAAGAUGUAAUAAUGGGAAGGUAUCAGGCUAUUUGUUAAAUUUUCUGGUUUUGUAAAGUCUUGCUUAGCACAUCAGAUGUAGCGUGUUGUAAAAAAUCUCAUAAUUGUAAAUUUAUUUCUAUGUUUUCACUUUUCAUAGGACAAACUAGCGUACAGGGUUGUCAUUUUUUUAGACAUUAAAAUAUUGUAUCGUGCCGUUUGUCAAGUACUGUAUGUGAAUAGCAAUUGAAAGGGUUGUAUAUGGCCCAAUCUUGGAAAUGUAAAUAGUUUUAUUAUAUAGUAGGUUUGAUGUAUUUGUUGUAGACAAGGACCAGUGAAACAAAAUUAAAUUGGAGGAUUUGUGAAAUGUGGAUUAUCCUAGUGCUCUAAAUAAAUGUCAUUGACUUAUA